AUGGCUUCAAUCACUGAGUGUACUAAAAAGGGUACGUUUACAUGGACCACUCAAGCACAAGAAGCCCUUGAGUUGGUAAAGAAGAUGUGUGAAGCUCCUAUUCUAGCACUUCCUGAUUUCACAAAGCCAUUUGAAGUGGAGUGUGACGCUAGUGGAAAAGGAGUUGAUCAUAAAUCCUUGAAAUUCAUAUAUGCGCAAAAGAAGUUGAAUGCAAGGCAUGCAAAAUGGGUGGAGUUUUUACAAACAGUCACUUUUUCGGCUAAAUACAAAUGUGGCAAAGCAAAUGUUGUAGCUGAUGCACUCUACAGGCGAUAUUUCCUUCUUGGUGUAAUUGAAGCCAAGGUACUUGGUUUUGAAUGGAUUAAAGAGUUAUAUGAAGCUGAUGAAGAUUUUAAAGAGACCAAAGUUAUUGUUUACAAUGAAAAUCAAAAGCGUGAUUCAUCUCAAGAGAAAAGUUUUGACCAUGCUUCGCUGCGCUACUCUGAUAUCCAACUAACACCUGCAACACUCGUAAAUGCACUAUCCCUCAAGGGACAAUUAUUUAGAGUGACAACAAAAACUGUGUAG